AUGGCAGCAUUCACCAUCGGGUAUCAGAAUGGUUAUUCCGAUGCCAAGAAGGCAAACUCGCCAGGAGGACAAGGAUACGCGGCUGCUUACAAGUCAGGACUGCAGGCUGGUCUCAAGCACGAGGAAAACCAUCUCCAGUUCCUUCAGAGCAUGAAGAGAGCACGCGAGGCAUACUAUGCUGCUACCUCAGGAGGACAAGGAACAGCGGCUAUGGGGGUUGUUCUGCCAAGCCAACCGAUCGACACAGGAAGUCUCUGA